AUGAUCACAACUGAUAAUGAAUAUUGUUCUUAUUGUCCACCAUCAUCUUAUGUACCUCUGCGUUCAACAUGGGCAAGAGCUGUUUUAAAGAAAAUAGAAAGUGAUAAAUGUUUAAAAAAUAUCGAUCGAAAUAAAUGGUAUCGUUUAUCACGUCAAGAUCUUUUAUAUGAUGAAUACCGAGAAUAUUUUCAUGAAUUUAAUGAAGAUGAAGAAACAACAACAUUUAUUAAACAAAGUGAACAACAAUCUGAUAAUAUUCCUUUACAAAUCUUUCAUACUAAUGGUUUAAUCGGUCGUGGUCGUAUGUUUGUAUAUUCGACACGUCAAUUUAAAACUUUACUUGAUGUAGAAUCUCAUGAAGAAUCUUCCUUCAAUACUCUUCUUGAUAUUGGUGCUGGUGAUGGUUCAGUAACUGAACGAAUGUCGAGUCUAUUUAAAAAAGUUUAUGUAACAGAAUUAUCUCCCACAAUGCAGUGGCGUUUAUCAACAUAUGGUUAUACAGUAUUAAAUCCAGAUCAUUGGGAUAAUUUAACAUUUGAUGUUAUAACAUGUUUAAAUGUUCUUGAUCGUUGUGAAAAACCAUUAACAUUAUUAAAACAAAUACGUAAACAUUUAAAUCCUAAAACUGGUCGUUUAAUUAUAAGUCUUGUUUUACCAUUUCAACCAUAUUUUGAAUAUAAUAAUAAUCAUUAUCCAAAUGAAUCAAUAGAAAUUCAAGGUGUUUUACCAGAAGAACAAAUCAAUAGUUUUCUAUUGAAUGUUUUUCAACCAUUAGGUUUUCGUUUAAAAAAAUUAACACGUUUACCAUAUUUAUGUGAAGGUGAUAUUGAACGAAGUUAUUAUUUUCUUUUUGAUUAUUUAUUUGUACUAGAGAUGUCAUGA